AAAUGACUUUAUGCACCGCUAAGGACUUGCUUGUGGUUUUAAUUUGAAAAUUUUGAGCGGAAGUAUUGAUCUCCGUUUCUGACGAAUGACCGGUUAGCAACCGCUAACAUCACACGUAGCAACGCCUUGCACAAAACAGAAUUAGCUACACGUUGAUUAGGGUCCUUUUUUUCCGUAUCAAUUCUGGAAAGUUUAUCCAACUGGUACCACUAAAUUAUGAAACCAGAUAGUUUCAACCUCUGCUCUGGCAACCAACGCAGUAGCUAGCCUUACAAGCUGUGUUUUCACAGAUAGUUAGUGAUACACGAAUGUUAAGCUAGUUUGGUUGAUCUUACAUCAGUCAACAUGAUCCUCUCUCGUGCUAAGCCAGCCUUGGGCGGAGGCAGUGAGAAAAAGAAGAAAACUCAAACAAAAGUGUCCCGUUUGGAGGAAUAUCUGCAGCAAAGAGACUACCUUGGGGCACUGACACUACUAGAGUUUCAGAGAAGUAUUGGUGAAGUAGAAGAGCAUGCUGACCUCUGGAUUGGUUACUGUGCCUUUCAUCUGGGUGAUUACAAGAAAGCUAUGGAGGUGUACAAGUCUCUGACCUUAAAGGCUGAUUGUCCAACUGAGGUGUGGGUCUAUCUAGCAUGUGCACUGUUUUUUCUGGGGCUUUAUAAAGAAGCUGAGGAAGCUGCAUCUAAGGCGCCCAUGUCCCCCCUCCAAAAUAGACUGCUCUUCCACUUGGCUCACAAGUUCAACGAUGAGAAGAAGCUAAUGGGUUUCCACCAGAACUUGGAGGAUGUGAUUGAGGACCAGCUGAGCCUGGCAUCCAUCCACUACAUGCGGUCACACUACCAGGAGGCUAUAGACAUCUAUAAACGCCUUUUACUGCAGGACAGAGAUUUCCUGGCGCUGAAGGUUUAUGUGGCUCUGUGUUACUACAAGCUAGACUACUAUGAUGUGUCCCAGGAGGUGCUGGCCGUGUACCUGCAGAGAGUUCCUGACUCCACUAUCGCUCUCAACCUGAAGGCCUGCAACCACUUCAGACUCUACAACGGCAAAGCAGCUGAGGCGGAGUUAAAGAACCUAAUCGACAUCUCCUCCUGUUCCUUUGAGUUUGCUAAGGAGCUUAUCCGACACAACCUGGUGGUGUUUCGUGGUGGAGAGGGGGCAUUGCAGGUCCUGCCUCCUUUGAUCGAUGUGAUUCCUGAGGCCAGACUCAACCUGGUCAUCUACUAUCUCAGACAAGAUGAUGUUCAGGAAGCCUACAACCUUAUUCAAGACCUGGUACCCACUACACCGCAGGAGUAUAUUUUAAAAGGAGUAGUAAAUGCAGCAUUGGGACAAGAAAUAGGAUCAAGGGAUCACCUGAAAAUUGCUCAGCAGUUCUUUCAGCUGGUUGGAGGAUCAGCCAGCGAGUGUGAUACUAUUCCUGGCAGGCAGUGCAUGGCCUCCUGCUUCUUCCUCCUGAGACUGUUUGAUGAUGUUCUCAUAUAUCUAAACUCAGUCAAGGGUUAUUUCUUUAAUGAUGAUACAUUCAACUUCAACUAUGCUCAGGCCAAAGCUGCCCUUGGCAACUACAAACAAGCAGAAGAGAUUUUUCUGCUGAUUCAGAGUGAAAAGAUCAAGAAUGAUUAUGUUUACCUUAGCUGGCUGGCACGGUGUUACAUAAUGAACCAGAAGGGUCAUCUUGCAUGGGAGCUUUAUCUGAAGAUGGGCACGUCCUCUGAUUCCUUCAGUCUGCUGCAGCUCAUUGCUAAUGACUGCUAUAAGAUGGGACAGUUCUACUAUGCAGCCAAAGCCUUUGAUGCACUGGAGAAACUGGACCCAAGCUCCAACUACUGGGAGGGGAAGAGAGGAGCAUGUGUCGGCAUCUUCCAGCUCAUACUGGCAAACAAGGAGCCCAAGGAGAAGCUUAAAGAAGUCGUGCCCCUGCUGCGAAAUUCUGGAAACCCUCAGGUUGAAUACAUCAUCCGAAUUAUGAGGAAGUGGGCCAAAGACAACAGAAUUCUCAUCUCCUAACAGCCAGCAGCCUUGAGCUCCAGGUCAUUGUGGGCAUCCAUCACAAGCAGCUCUCUUAUGCACAUAUCCUUAGUUGUUGAAGUGCAUUUUUAAUUUGAUUUAAAUUAUUGUAUGAAAGGUAUCUGCCACAUUAACAAACAUGAAGCUUUUAUCUCUGCCUAACUUUAGUGUUUUAUUGAUAUAUCUCAGUUUUGAAUUGCAAU